AGAUCGUUUUCUGAAUCCGGUUCCGGCGUGCCGACGACACCGAUGCCCGUGCCCACUGACUGAUCGCAAGGCUUUUUACCCGAUCAGCACAGAACUGUAGCAGCUGACAGGCGGAUGCGGAGGGAGGGUUGCCAGACCCGGCGGAAUUCUCACGGUCCGCGGACUAGAAGGCUCUUCUGUCCGGAUGACAGCCUCCCAACAAACAUAUGCUGAAAACUUUCAGCUGUCCGUUUGACGCGGGGUGUUAUUUAGAUUUACAACCCGGUCCGAGAAGCAGUCAUGAUGCAGGUGCAAACUGUGGGCUAACGGUACUGAAAUGACUUGUUCGGCGCUGACGCGAUUCGUUGUGCCAUGCCAACCCCGCAUUGUCAGUUGCCAUUUUACUCUGCGUUUCCCCGGCGUUUGGGUUUCCAUUAUUCUGGGCCUGUUGUAUAAUUAGAAGUUCAUGAGGCAGUAGCAAACAAGCUGGUGCAAUGAGAAGCUACGCUGUCCGAGGAAAAGUGCGCAGUUUGUGCUGAAGCUUAUGGGUCCUGCGUACUCGAGCCCCCGGCUUCCAGUUGGAGAGGUGUGCUGCAGGACUACAGCGCACUGGCUGUCGGCUACACAUCUGGACCGCCUGACUGCUGUCAUCUGCGGCCUGAUCGGACGGUGUACUCCUUGAACUUGUGUGUUUUAAGGGGGAACUGAGUGAGGUCGCUUUGGGCGGUGUCGUAUUAGCAAGGAGGGGUGUAUAUUUGGCUCGGACUUGGGGUGGUGAUCCACUGGAACACCACAGUCCAAACCCUGACUGGCUGACUACUCAAGGAAUAAACGGCUGUCCAGCUAUGAAUUUUGCGUAGCCGAGUCACGCAUUUUUAAAGGCAACGCUAGAGUGACAUUGCAGUCUUCUCGCCACAUUGGUUAUUUCUUUGCCAGACUAAAAAAAAUAAAAGAGUGAAAGUGGAGUAUUGUCCGUCGUACGUCUCAACGCAGUGGGAUUUCUACGUCUGGUCGGCGUUCCCCCCCACCCUUCCCGCGGUGACGGUUAUGGGUCGGAAGCGGUGUGUCGGUGCAGAUUGUUCCAAGAUGGCGGCCGGGUGCUGCGGGGUGAAGAAGCAGAAACUGUCGGGAUCUCCCGGGUCGGGGGGUCCCGGCGGGGUGGGGGCGGGAAGCGGGGUGGCAGGAACCGGACAUUGUGGCUCGGAGUUGGGGAUUGGCUCCUCCGCGACGGUUGCAGCAACGGCGAACGUGAGCAGAGCCAACGGCCUGGGGGGACCCGGAGGUAGCGUUAGCGGUAGCAGCGGCGGCACAAACGCUCUGUCCCCUGCCCCGGCCGGCUACUCAACAUCCGGCCUCUCCCCGAACCUCAGCCCAGGACCAGGUUCGGGAAGUGGCGGCAGAAAAAUGGUCGUCUCAGCAGAGAUGUGCUGCUUCUGCUUUGACGUGCUUUAUUGCCAUCUGUACGGAUACCAACCUCCGAGAACACCCAGGUUUACAAACGAUCCCUACCCGCUGUUUGUCACAUGGAAAAUAGGCAGAGACAAACGGUUGAGGGGUUGUAUAGGUACAUUUUCUGCCAUGAAUCUGCACUCAGGACUCAGGGAGUACACCCUUACUAGUGCCCUUAAAGACAGCCGCUUCCCCCCUAUGACAAGGGAUGAGCUGCCUCGCCUCUUCUGCUCAGUGUCUCUUCUCACCAACUUUGAAGACGUCGGUGAUUAUCUCGACUGGGAGGUGGGUGUUCAUGGUAUAAGAAUAGAGUUUUUCAAUGAAAAAGGAUCAAAGCGCACCGCCACCUACCUGCCAGAGGUUGCAAAGGAGCAAGGUUGGGACCACAUUCAAACCAUAGAUUCCUUACUACGAAAGGGAGGUUACAAAGCUCCCAUCACAAAUGACUUCAGGAAGACCAUUAAGUUAACCAGGUACCGUAGCGAGAAGAUGACGAUGGGUUAUGCAGAGUACAUCGCCCACCGCCAGCACCAUCACUACCAGAACGGCAUCGGGCACCCGGUGCCGUCGUAUAACCAUUAUUCCUGACAGCGAGCCGCAUGACCAAUCAUUGGACCUCUCCGCGGACCUUUUCCCAGGAGAGCCCGCCCCCUCCUGGUCUAGCUAUUUCUACUACUGUACCAUUUUAUGAUGUUAGUUUCCGUUGCCGUGCUGGCCGUCUCACAGACGUUGACAUGGCAACGGGUGGCAAUGAAGCAUCGUUCGAUUAUGGCGAGAAAACCAUGUUCCUUUUGUUUGCCCGUGGUUGAGCUUUUGCAGCAUAUGUAUACCUAUAUCUAUAACCCCCUCCUUCCGGCCCCCUCCAUUCGUUCAUAUUAUUUUGGAAAAAAUAACCAAUAUUAGAUUUUCAUUAAUAUUGCGUCUUUCAGCAAAGCUAAUCAGGUGUUUGAUUCUGUGGAUGGAAGCGAGUCUCCUUGGGUGGAUUUAGGCUUUGCUACACUUUUACAUUUACUAACCCUUUUUAUUUUUAUCGUCUAACUUGUCGUUUCUUUUACUUCACUAUCCAGACGUGUAAUAUCAUGUAGCAAAGGCAAAACUGCAGUUCCAAAAGGCUGUGUCCUCACUACUUUCAAUUCCUCUCAAAAACUUGACUGCCGAGUCGUGCUGGCCUUGUAAACGCUCGUCGUGUCGUAGUUGGAAUUCGUACGCGGGAUACUCCAAAGUGUAGAUAGGAUUGUGACGCCUUUUGAUCGGCUUUUGCUGAUGCGGUUUAUUGAUUUGCGUCACAAUUGUGUGUGUGUGUGUGUGUGCGUGUGUGUGUGUGUGUCACUGUGUGUGGAUUAUAGGCUCCACUUUGUCACAAGAUGGAAAACCAGUAGAAUAAAUUAGACAUUGGGUUUCAGCUACAGGUUCAGCUGCAUUUGUUUGACUUUACGUAAAAUUUUAAACUUAUUUCCGAGGGUUCAUUUAGACUUAAGAAGGUAGAAGAACAAAAAGAUGUACAUGAAGCUUUUGUUUAAUUAAAAAAGUGAGUGUUUCUUUGUUUUAUAUAUUUUUUUUUCUGCGUUUACUGACGGGGAGUCGCGCGAUAGGGACUUGCUAAAACAAUUUAAAGCCAUACUCUAUCUCCCACAGUUUUGUCCGUUAUCAGUGGCGUUGGGUGCUAAAAUGUUGAGACGUUGCUUCAGCCCAAAACCCCGACGCUUCACUUAGUUCCUCGUGUCAUCGUGAAAACUUCGUCUUGCAUUUUCCGAUUAUUAACCAUCGUCCCGCAGAGUACGACGUAUGUUUUAAGAAGAAAGAAAAAAAAGUCGCACACAAACAGAAGUGAUCUUAUUAACAUGUUUGUGUCAUUUAGAAGUGCAUGUCAUAGUGUGUAGUCGUGGAUAUGGCGCCGCCGCUGUUCCCCCUCACUCCCGUUGAUCCGCGUGCCCGCAGCACAGGGAAUGUUCUAGUUUCUGUCUGUUUCAAUCAGAGGGUUACAGGAAGUGUAAUUUUCUUUUUUUGUUUUAGAAAAAGAAAAAAAAAAAAAAAAGCCAGGGCUUUGUAAAGCCAGUUCUUAUCCAAAUAUUACCCAGGUGUGACUUCGAUCCACACACACUGCUAGUUAGGCGUACUUCAACGAAUGUUCGAUCUGUCGAGGAUCGCCAAGUUGUCGGUCUGCGUGUUUCUUUUGCAAACUGGAAUUUUAUUGUUUGUUUUUGUUUGUUUUUUUGAGAGAUUCUUGUUGCUUGACCAACAUCUUCUGUCGUAACAGCCUUUUUGUAACUGACAGGUUUUUUCUUUUUUCAUAAAUUCUUUUCCUUUAUGCAAAAAUGUCAAGGGCUUUCGGCAAUCCAUCCACAGUAACCCGAAACGAUCCAGAUUUCCAGUUGUGUUGCCUUAAGUUUUUUUUUUUAUAAAAAGAAAAAAAAAACAACAACAAAGAACGACGGACCAGGAGAAAGUCGUUCUGAGUGCAUCCUCUACUUGAACGGCGUACAGGCACGCUUGUCGUCCGGGAGACUCCGCGUGCUUCGCUCCAUAUCCUACGCGUGGAUUUCACAUAAUCAACGUUAAAGUCGGGCACCGUUAAAGUUCCAACCACCAGGGGUCAGCGUUGCGGCCGUAGGAAACCGUACCGUACACUACCACAGCAGAAGAAGCCGCAGUCAGGCGCCUUCUCUCCUGGUCCGUCGGCUACAGCACAACCUGAAUUUUUCUCUGCUGCAAAACCAAAUUGACCAUGCUCUUUUACAUAUAUGUCUUUGUAUACACAUGCAAUGUAUUUAGUUGCAUGUAUGUAUGAGUAUGAGACCUAUGGUUUUAUCCAUGAUAUGCUUGAUCUAUGGCUUAGACACUCUUAUUAACCAUUAAGAGAUUUAAAAGACAAAUAUGGUGCUAUCGGACCUCAUAUUGGGGUGGUCACAUCUCGUGACUGGUCAUGCGGACUCAUUGAUCAUAUCAUAUAUAUACUUAAUGAUGCGACAUGUAAGAUUUUCUCUGGAGUUGCGUUGCUGUGCGAUCCAAGUCGUGGUGAAGGAUCCGACGCGGACGGAAAGCUUUUUGUUGAGGUGGACUUGGGUGAUUUUUUUUUUUUUUUCCUUUGGGGUGUUGGAUCAAUUCCACUCUGGGAAAACUGACAUUCUCUCUCGUAAUGAAGAAAGACUCCACAGGCGCUAUGGAAUGUACUGUUAACGGUCACCAGGGGAAUUGAACAGCGAUGUGUAAUAGGAGAAAAUCCUACAUGUUAACCUUUUUACAAUCCUUGAUAUAUGCAGAUCUGUUCAACAGGUGUUUUUUUUUUAUUUGUUUUUACAUUUAUGUUGUUUUUUUUUUCCCUACCAGUGCAAGUCAACACUUUGCAGGUUUGAAAGGACAAGAAGUCACACAUUUUACCUUCUGUCCCUUGAUUACUCCCUUCACUGUGGCCCAACCUCAUGGCCUCGUUUGUCAACGUGUGAUGCAUGUCGUUCACUGGCGAGAUGGCGGGAAGAUCCGAGGUUCCCGUUUUAUUUUAUUUUUUUACUUUUUUUUUUCUCUUUUUUGGGAGGCUUUUUAGCUGCUGAAUCAGCUAACCACCUCCAAAAGGGCAACAUUUAAGACGUUAACUAGCAUUAGGUCCUGUUGAGGUCGUUUCAGCCUCUCUUUAUUGAAAUUUACCUCUACAGAGACAUAGAUUUUAAUUUUUUUUUUUUUUUAUCUUUUCUUUUCCAGUGCGUGUCCGCACUGGUCCGACAUUUUCGAAUCACUGAUACCUCAAGUAAUUGCAAGGAACGACAUCGGUAGACUGUUGUAGCAGAUCGCGUGUUUUGGUUCCCAUACCAGGGUUUGGAGUUCAGCCUCGGCAUUCCCCGCGCGGCCGCCCCCAGCGCCGCGCCGCGCGGCGUGCUCAAGCUCUUUGUUACCUUCGUAUGUUCGACCGAACCAAAGAUGCCAGCGGCCAUGCUCAGAUGCUGCUUUUUUUCAGGCCUGGCUUCCUGUCCUUCCAAAAACAAGCCCUGCUCGUAACUAAAUGUUCUUCUUUUUGUCUUUUUUUUUUUUUUUUUUGUGCGAUUUGUGACUUGUUAAGCAACCCAGUUCUUCAGUGAAUUGUCAUUCUUUCCGUCUCUGAAGCCGUUUGUGGCGUCAAGAUGGCGAAAAAUGGGUGCAAAUUGUUACUUGUUUUAUUAUUAUUGCUAUAAUUUCUUUCUUUUUUUUUUUUUUUUUUUAAAUGAAAAUCCCAUGGUGUGCCUCCUAGCUUUAUGGGUUUAUAAAUGUUUGUUUUCCCCCUAAAGACCAGCAGUUAUACUUUGUAUAAAAUAUGGAUUUUUUUCCUUAUUUUUUUUAUGCCAUUAAAGAUGAAAAAGCCUGUUUUCUUUACUCGACCCAGUAGCUGCACUGGUAUACAAUCGCACUGAUAGAAAAAUCAAAAUAAAAAGGAAAAAAAAGAGAAAUAAGUGAAUCAAUAAUAAUAAUGAUAAUGACAAAUAAGAACUACAAUAAACUUGUGUUUAAAGCUUUUAUUAAAAAAAAGUAAAAAAACAAACAAAAAAAGACUAUUAAAAAAAGAGAAAAGACUGUUUUUGUACAUCAAAAUAAAUUUUUUUCAAAGGAAUAUUUUGGAUCUAGUUUCAAAAUUAUUUUAGUGGUUUUCUAUGUUCUGAAAAUUUUUGAGACACACUUCUGAGACGUGUCGCUGUAUAAAAUGACUUUCUUUUGCAGUGGCCUGAUGGGCUGGGAGGGUUACCUGGUGUAACUCCUCAUACCAACUUUUAUUUCCUUUGUCAAUUUUUGGAUCUUUUUUUCCCUCUCUCUCUCUCUCUGCUUUAGUACUCUGAAAAAUUGUUGAUGGGGAAAAAAAAAAAUUAUGAACUGGGAACUUUUAAUUCCAUCCCUGUAGAGCUAGAAUCCCUCUUCCUUUCCAACUGAAUUGCUGUUUAGUGUGACGGAACUCCGAAACGGGCAUUUAUGAUCGUAUGACUCCAAAAGAAAAUUAAAAAAAAAGUACAUAACGCAAAAAAAAAAGGUUAAAAAAAAUAAAAUUGUGAAGAAGGCUGAAAGAACAUAUAUCGAUGGGUUAUCUAUAAGAAAUGGCUGUGAAGAUAAUGUAGUUUUAAACAUUGUUACCUUUUAAAAUCAUUUAUUCAAUAAAAAAAAACCCCUCCAAAUCAGCUAAAAACGUGUCGUUCCUCUUGUUUUGCAGCACUUCUGCCCAUGAGGCAGGGGAGAGGUGGGUUGGAUGAAAUGUUACUUUUUCCAGUUGCUGUUUAAGCAGCUUCACAGCAGGAAGUUUACCAUUUUUAGUUUACUAUCAAAAUGACAGCCGAGUCUUAACAAGGUAUGUAUUGAUCAAAAUGUAUUGCAGAUAAAACUCUUGAAGCUUUAAAGAAGUGGUGGGCUUGAUGUGAAACUGAUACAUGGGUUAAAAAAGGUUGGUGAAAACAAACUGAGUGGGAAGAGACCAGCAAAACUUUGACUUUCACUUAAUUCUGUCUGAAAACCUUCAUUUGCUUUUGCCUUAACUGACUUAUUUUCAUUCACUUUAAAAUGGUCAUGUUAUUCAUAUUAUGAUGGUGUACUGAAAUACCAGGUAAACCUUUCCUUCAAUUUCCAUAGCUUAGUUAUGUUACUGUUAGCUAAUGCAUGCUAACAUGCAAUUCAUCUGUUUUAUGAAGUGGCCCAAUGUAAAUCUGAAUCAUUUUGUAAAUUUGAAAAUAUAUUUUUCUUUGUAAGCUGGAAUUAAAAUCCCAAUCUUCAGCAGCUGUGUGGAGAUUUAGACCUGGUGUGUCGUCAAGGAGACGGAUUGGGAAUAUAUGUCAGGAAGUAGUUUCCUACUUUAUUCACAUUCAUGACUGAGUGCAAUUCUCGAACUUUUACUGAUUUUUACUCCAUGAACGUGACAAACACCUGUAUUAGGUUAUUCUACCUGAUUUUAAGAAGUUAGUGAACAAACGGCGUGAUUUCAUUCCGAGACCCAAUCUAAUUACAGUUUUUCACCCACAUUUUCUGAAUGCAUGCCUCAAACUCUCAGAACUCUACACACAAAAAAGAAAAUUCACAAUGAGAAAAACCCUUCAAUUCUCCUGCUAAAUGAAAAUUUUACAUUCAAAACAUGUUAUAUCUUCUUCAAAUGAUUUGUUUUCAGUAAAAAAUAGAGUAGGAGAAAUAUCCGACUUUAAAUUAGACUAUCACAGAACAUAAAUACAAAAAAAAAAAAUGUACACAAGGAAAACUUUGGCCACUGGAAAUCCCUUUAAUUGUUGCCACAACACACAUCUGAACUUUGAGGUACAAAAGUUUCUCCUCUCCCCUUUUGAUCCUGAAAUAAAGACAAUGCUACAGUUACACGAACCACCUCAGACUUGAAAUGAAAUAUACAUACGAGUGAAAUUUUCCUAUAAUAGGUGUUGAUUUAACGACAUGAAUUUUCAAGGUACACAUUUUUAUGCAUGAUUUGUUACAGUAGGAGCAAGAGUUUCUUUCAAGUGUCUUGAUACAUAGAGAGCCUGGUAAAAGUAUUCACACCCCCAUUGCACUUGUUCACGAUCCGUGAUACAUCUUAUGUGAUCAAAUUCACAAUUACUGUGAAGUGGAAGGAAAAAUGACACAUGGUUAUAAUAUCUAGGUUGUAAAAUACAGCACAGCUGCACCCAGACACAACCGUCCACCUCCUUUGCUGAAAAAUGAGAUGAACGGUUCUGUUUUGGGGAUUACUCUGGAAUGUCUGGAGAUUAUUGUGCAAAGAAGGAUUCUUUACAAAAAAUUAUGGAAAACCCUGAGCAUCUUCUUCAUGGAACUGUUAAACAAAAAACAGCAGAGUUUUCAGACAGAGGCUUCUUCUGAGCCGCUGCAAUACAGACUGCUACAGGCUUCAGACUGCUUUGCUGAAUACUGUCCACUUUGGGCUGCUUAGGUGUAGCUGUGCUACACUCUUUCCUCUUUUGGGCAAUGGAUUAGCAUAAAACCGUAAGAACUACAAUCUGUUAUCUUGGGCACCGGAAUAAAGAAACCUUCACACAAACGCAUGCAAAACCAGAAAUUACCAUCUGUCAUAAUGACGGCCUUAUAAAAGUCAUCGAAAUGUGGAGGUGGUAGCAUGAAACAUGAGGAAAAGGUUCAAGGGACAUGAAUGCUUUUGCAAAGACCUUCAGUUCCAGAUCUGCCUGCCAUUGGCAAUUUUUUUAUUCCUAACAAUGUUCUCAAGGUUAAACCUUGACGAAUAUAGUCAAACAACACGAUAAAAACAACACACACACACACAGAAAUGAAACAAGUCCCACCCAUUCACUCAUUAUUCUUCACUUCAACCUGCAGCAUGUAAGAAGUCCUUCAUGCCUCCUGAUUAUCAUAACUGGAAUGCAUUGAACAGGCUGGAAACUGAAAGAUAAAAGCCACUUACAAAAAUUAUUUCCUAUCCUGAUCACAUACGGUUUUUUUUUCUUCAUUCAUAAAAAACA